AUGAAAGCAUUUAGCUCUAAAAAACUAGAGAAACUUAAAAAAACUAUAAGCUACUUACAAUAUCCUGAAUAAUUUAAGUCAGAAAUUCAUUAUAAUUAUAUUGUAUUGGAUGAAAAAUAUUUGAAUUUGGGUGGUAAUUGUUUAUUACUAAACACCCCUAAGAUUAUGUAUUGGUAUUUGACAAUCCAGAUCAUGAAAAUUAUAAGUACAGAUAAAACUCAAUACAGUUUUAAGAUGUUUUAAGAGAUUUUGAUAAAGUAAAUGGUUUAAUAAAAAUUAGUGUUUUGAUGUUGAUACUUCAUUUGAAUCUCCAGAUGAUGAAUUAAUGAAAAUGGCAUUUUUUAAUGUUUUUAAUCGUCUAAAGGAACCAUCUGCUUUAGCAUAAUUCUAAGAAAUAGAAAGAGAUUUUUAAAGUAACUCAAAAAAGCGAUAAAAACAAUUUAUAAUGAAUGAACAGGGAACUUAAGUCAGAAUUAAACCUGAUGAAACUAGAUAAAUGGGUAUGGGAGGGUUCUUAAAGUACAAUCCAAUGUCUAAUAAUUGGGAGAGAACAGGUGAGAGAGUUUCUGAUGUUGCUACUCUAUUUCGAGUAUUUUUAUUGUACAAAUUAGCUAAUCAUGCAGGGUAAAAUUAUUUUUAUAAAUUUAUAGAUUCUUUAUUAGACAAUUUCUUAGUUUAGAUGGUACUAAGAUUUAUGCAGUAUUAUUUUAAGAAUUACGUAAUCUUAUAAUUGAAGCUUAAAGAACUUAUUUGAAAAAAAGGGUUAGCAUUGCAUUUUGUGAUAUUUUGUCAUUAGAACCAGUAGAUGAAGCGUAUGUAUUUUAAUAAUAAUUUAAGAUUUCGACCUUUAAGAUUUAAUAAAAUAAUUCGAUCUAAAUUAUUUGGUUCAGAUAUUACUUAUGAAACUCUUUAAAAAGAAAUAAGAAGACUAUUAAAAAUAAUAGAUUAUAAUAAAUUGGCAAGAGAGUGCAAUCAAAAUCCAUUUGAGAUAUCUGGUGAAAUUUAACAACAAAGAAAGUUGUCUGCUAAUAUUUUAAAUGCUUAUUUAUUUUAUUUAGAACAGAUUGCAAUUCAAGUAACAAAAAUUAGAAAGAAAUACAAAGAAAAUGAUUGCACAAAAAUUCUAUCAUCUCAAGAAAUCAAAGAAUUAGUUGCUGAUUUAAAAGAAUAAAGUUUUAAAUAAAAAUCAACAAAAUAAUAUGUUAGAGAUUAAAGUAAAGGAAAUUGGAAAGACACAAAUAAGAGAAAAAUAAAGGUGUAUUUGAAGCGAAAAAAAGCUUUGGAAAUAGAAUAAAUCUUAAUGAAUGCCAAACAUCAGACUGAUAAAUUAUAUGGUAAAAGAUUAUUUAGCAUGUGGGAUAGAUUAGGAAUGGAACCUUAGGGACCAUAUAUAGAAUAUUUUUAUCCAAGAAAAAAAUAGAAUUAUAACAAAUUUAUUUAAUAAGAUUCAAUUUGGACUUACCAAAUAAUUAAUGAGAAGGGAGAACGUUCAUUAUUUAACAAAAUGGAAAGAGCAAAACUUAAUAUAUCUAUUAUAAAAUAAUUAGUGAAUUUAGAAUAUCUAAGUUCAUAAGAUUAUAUAAGGGAUCAUUUAAUUCCAAAUAGUUAUUUUGAUUUAGAUGGAUAGAAAUACAAGGAUGAUCAUUAUCAACCAUUAAAAUAGGCUAAAUAGUUAAAAUAAGACUUAUUUUUUUCUAUGAAAUUAAUAUAGACAGUCAAAGCUAAAAUUCAAAAGUUUAUAGAGAAAGAUGAUCCAUUAAAGAAUGAGAAGAAAAAGUUGGAUGUAGAUGGGGGUUUAAAUGGAGAUAAUUUAUUAAAUUUAUGGGGUUUAUUAGAAGUACCUGUCCAACAUAUUUGUUCUUAUUAUGGAGAGAGAAUAGCAUUAUAUUUUAUGUUUUUACAAUUUUUUGUUUAGGAAUUGCUUCCUAUUUCUUAUUUUGGAAUUUUGACAUUUAUAGUUUAAUUACUUUAUGAUGUCGAUGCAUUAGCUAAUAAAGUAUCAAUAAUAUUUUUUACAAUAAUGAUCGUAUUUUGGUCAUCAACUUUCUAAGCAUUAUGGAUUCGUUAAGAGAUGUAAUUUUAAACAAUGUUUGGUUUAGAAGAUGUGGAAUUAAAUUAAGUUGAAUUGAUUGGAUUUGUAGGAAAACCCAAAAGAUCGAUAGCUAAUGAUAAAUUAAAUGAUUUGCAAUAUUCAUCGAAAGAGAGUUGGUUAAAAUUCUUUUUUAAUAUGAUAUUAGUAGCAAUAUUUUUACUUAUAGAAAUUGUGAUUAUAGUCUCUUUACAAUUAUUAUCGUUGUCUUUAGAAAAGAAUCCAGAUAUUCCUUAAGUUGAAUUUAUUGAAUUAUCAGUAUUUAUUCCAGCAUUGAUUUGGGUUUUUAUUGGAAUUUUGUUGGAUAAUAUUUACAGACCGGUUGCAUUCUUUUUAACCAAAUGGGAAAAUCAUAAAUAUUUGUCCUAAUUUGAGACAAGUUUUAUAAUAAAAAGUAAUAAUAUUUUAAUUAACUUAGAUUUGUUAUUUUCAACAGUGAAUCGUUUAGGUUAACCUUUCAUAAUAGCAUUUUUUUAUGAAAGAACUAUAGGAUGUGUGAAUGACAAUUAUUGUUACUCACAAUUAUAAAUAUAUAUGAGAGUCGUAUUUAUAAUUGAGUUUGGAAAACAUAUCUUAUUUGGAUUUGUACUACCAAUAAUAAAAUAAAUUUAUCAAAGAGCAAGAUAUGGAUUAGUUAGCAUAGUAGAUUUUGGUGAUUCUUUAUAAAAGAAAACGCGUAAAAUAACUAAUACUAUAUUUUAAUAGCAUAUUUUUAUUUCAAUAAAACUAUAGAGGCAGAAACCUAGAAAGAAUCCUUCACAAUUGAUUAAGUUGAUGGAACGAUUUGGGAAUAUUUAGAAUUAAAUUUAUAAUUUGCACUACUGGCUAAUUUCGGAAGUCCUUUUCCAUUAAUUUUCAUUACUGGAUUGGCAAUGAAUUAUUUAGAAUUGUUUUUGGAUAAAUUCAAAUUAAUAUGGUUAACUAAAAGACCUACACCAUAAACAGCAAGAUCAAUUGGACCAUUUGUAUACUAUAUGAAUCUAAUAUCUUAUAUAUCGAUUUUCAUAAAUAGUGGAUUAUUGUCUUAUAGUAAUUAGGAUGUAUUUGCAGAUAUCAAUAGUUUUACUUUAUUUGUAAUUUUGAUGAUUUCAUUCUUUUUGUUUAAAUUUAUAACUGAUAUCAUAUAUGGAAAUACGGAUAGUUCAGCUGAAAUGGUGAGGUAGAGACAUAAAACUAUACAGAGAAAGCUUCAUGUUGCCAUGUCAAAAAAAAACUAGAAUACUAUGUUUUUACCAUUUCCAAUAGCUAAGAUAUAUGGAACUCUAUUGCCUCAUUAAUUAAAAAAAUAAGAAUGAUGAUGAUAAAAAGUAUGAG